AUGGCGAGACUUCUUCGAACUGCUUCUUGUCUUAAACGCGCCCUCUUUCUACAACCACCGCCUCAGAGUCUUAGGAAUGGCACAUUAGGAGCACCUACUCAGCUAUGCUACUUUGCCUCCAAAGGUAAAAGGAAAACCAAAUCAGAUGGAAGUGACUCAGGUGAGGAAAAUUUGUCAAAGAAGGAUUUAGCUCUCAAACAAGCACUGGAGCAAAUCAAAUCCACUUUCGGAAAGGGUUCUAUCAUGUGGCUAGGUGACUCCGCUCCUGUUCAUAGUGUACCGGUGGUGUCCACAGGAUCAUUUACUUUGGACAUUGCACUUGGAAUUGGAGGACUUCCGAAGGGACGAGUUGUGGAGAUAUAUGGUCCAGAAGCUUCGGGAAAAACAACUCUUGCUUUGCAUGUAAUUGCCGAGGCUCAAAAACAAGGAGGUUACUGCGUCUUUGUUGAUGCUGAGCAUGCUCUUGAUCCAGCCCUAGCUCGGACAAUUGGGGUCAACACAGAUAAGUUACUUCUUUCACAACCAGAUUGUGGUGAGCAGGCACUCAGCCUUGUAGAUACACUUAUCAGAAGUGGUUCUGUUGAUGUUGUUGUUGUGGACAGUGUGGCCGCACUUGUACCAAAAGGUGAACUUGAUGGUGAAAUGGGCGAUGCUCAUAUGGCAAUGCAAGCUAGGCUGAUGAGCCAAGCUCUUCGCAAAUUGAGCCAUUCUUUGUCCAUGUCACAAACUAUUUUAAUAUUCAUUAAUCAGGUGAGGGCAAAACUAUCUGUUGUAGGAUUUGGUGGACCAACUGAAGUCACAUGUGGUGGAAAUGCCUUGAAGUUCUAUGCUUCCAUGCGUCUAAACAUUAAAAGAAUAGGUCUCGUGAAGAAAGGUGAUGAGACCAUAGGGAGCCAAGUUGUAGUGAAGAUUGUGAAGAACAAGCAUGCACCUCCCUUUAGACAAGCAGAAUUUGAGCUUGAAUUUGGAAAAGGUAUUAGUCGUGAAUCGGAGAUUAUUGGCUUGGCUUUGAAGCACAAGUUGAUCACCAAAAAUGGUGGAUUUUUCUACGUGAACAAUGAGAUAAUACAUGGCAAAGAAGCCUUGAAAGAGUAUUUGGUUACAAACGAGACUGUGCGUGAAGAACUGAUUGCAAAACUUAGGGAGAAGCUCAUUGUUUUCGGGGAAAAGGAGGAGACUGAUGCAGAAGGUGGUGAAGGAGGCACAGCUGCAGAUGACAAUGCAUCUGAUACUACUUAUGAAGAAGUAACUGCAGCUGAGGCGUGA